AUGGCCAGUGAGACAUCUAAUGGAGCUAACCUAGCCCAGACAGCCCAGGGGUUUCCCAGUGCUGUUGUUCAGUCACCUGGGGCAAUACAGUAUGGUCAGCAACUUGGAAUUUCCAACUGUGCUCCUCAACAGGUCCCACAAAAGGGUGCUUUGGAGAAAUUUGUGAACGCACAGGCCAGAGUGCUUGGGGCUGUCCAGAUCAUGGUUGGGUUGAUCCACAUUGGCUUUGGGGCUGUCUCACUUUGUCUUCUUCCUUCUGGGUAGGUUACCUUGUCUGCAAUGGGAGGCAACCCCUUUUGGGGAGGGAUAUGUUUCAUUGCUUCUGGAUCACUAUGUGUAGCAGCUGAGAAGCGUCGAAACCAUAAUUUGGUGAAAUGCAGUCUAGGAAUGAACAUCACAAGUGCGAUAAUGGCAUUAGUUGGUAUCCUGCUGUAUAUAUCAGAGCUGGCCAUUAAUCGCAUGGUUUUUGAAUAUGACCGUCCAUAUGAGACCUCCUGGGUAAGGAGCGUCGGUAUUGGCCUUUCCAGUGUGCUGUUCUUGUUCUACUUGCUGGAGUUUUGUAUCACUGUUUCCUUUGCGCAUUUUGGGUGCCAGGCAACUUGCUGUGCUGAUGACCAGGUAAGUAUUUGAUACCUUAAUUGUUUUAGCAGCUCUUAUUGA